AUGGAUAUGUCAAUCACUGUGCAGCUCGUCUUUGCGCCAACGGGGUGCCAAUUUCCGGUGGAGGUGAAGCAUUCAAGAACCUCCCCCGUUUUCACCAGCUCGUCGUUAGCAUCGUCAUCGCAGUGGGGUGUUGCGCAUUCAUCAAAGAUCUUCGUCUCUGAUAUCGUGUCGUGUGUCCACAGCUGCAGGCUCACACCGCUGCGCAAUGCCGACACGGAGGGAAAUGUGAAGAUUUUUGUUGAGUUGUUUGACUACGACACGCUGAGACCCCUGCUAACCAAUGAGCCGGUGGUGGAGGGGCAAAAGUUGCUGCUUUUUGUGCCGACCAUUGUGGCCGAUUCUCUGGCAGAGCACCUGCUUCAUCAGUGGCGUCUAACCGCAGCGGAUAACCAAAUUGUUCAUACGGAAGAAGAAGAACGUUGGAAAAACCUGCGGCAGGCGGUUUUGGCGCUCAAUGUUCCCUUAAAACUCCAUCAAGAUCUCAUGGAAAAGGAGUUGAAAACGUCUAUUCAUCUUCUUGAGAUUACCUACUCACAAUUAAACGAUGCGAAGGAAAACGUACCUCGAGUGUUAGAAAGUAUGAAGGAAGUAAAGUUGUUCUACGAUCCAGAAGUGCCGCUAACAAGUCUUGCAGAGAGAAGCCAUCUCGAUGCCGCUGUUCAGAUGGGAGAAUCAAAACUAAGAGAGGCGGCGAAGAUUCUGGAUAGUGCGCAAGCCAUGGCCCCUGCAGUUAUGGAAGCCAUUAAGGCAGAGGCGCAGGCCAGUAAUGAUGUUGAAAAAACAUCCGCAUGGAAAAUGUUUUUUCCAUCAAUCAAAGACGGACGCGAGGAAUCUUCAGUUACCGCGUUGAUGUAUGAGGUUGACCGCAAGGUUCAAGUCGUGCGUUCGAUUGUAGAAGAAGUAGCCAAAAUAACGAAGCGCUUGAAACGGUGCCAGCAUUAUGCGUCGGCCGUUUUGGGUCAUGUAGUGGAGCCACACAAGAAGUUAUGCCUACUUCCGGAGGGAAUGGAGGCCGCUAGGGAAGUGGUGCAUCGCCGAAUCAUUUUACGACGUGCUAUCCGUCGGGUACUCGUUCCUUUAGAAGUGGAGUACCAUGCGACGGAGCGAAUUAUUCACAAAUUUGCAGAGAAGUGGAGUCAAUGGCUACCGGAUAGCCUCUACAGGGGCGUGUCAACUCCGCUCCCGCCUUUGUACCCCCCGGAUGACUUCAUUGCGAAAGACAUGGACCAUCUUUUUCUCGAUAUUGAAGAUGAUGAAACGGAGAAGCUCUUGGCCGCCAUUGACGCGAUGUCUUCAUCGGUGCCACAGGAGAGUCAGGUGACAGAAAAGCGGUUACAGCAAAUGGAGGCGAAGCUGCAACGUUGUAAAGCAGUGUUGGAGAGUGCCCAGAAAGAAAAGGCCGAACUUGAGGAGGCGUUGAAGCGAAUGGGGACAUCCUCGUUAUCCACUACACAUCCUCAGUCGUAA